AUGCUACGUAUGUUUUGCUGCGUAUUGAUGUCCACUUGUAUGCUUUUGACAACUACCGCUUUACCAAUUGCAGUUGCCAAUAAAAAAGAUUCGAAAUUCUGCUGUAAAUGUACAGUGGAAGGAGAAGAGAGCACAGGUUGUAGCGGAGGAUUAACUGCUACAGUGAUUAGCGGUAUUGAUGGAGGAUUUAUCAACACUGUUGGAGGAGGACUUAUCAACGCGUAUGUUGGAGGAUCAAGUAUUGGUUUAGUACCAUCGAUACAAAUCCGUGUACCUCAGGUGCAGUUCCCUGCACCAAUCAACAUUGUACCACUACAACAAUAUCUGCUGUACAACCUUCAACCGCUGCAAGCGUUUUUCAACAUACAACAACCAAAAGUUAGCACGCAAUGUUGCAUGCCAUGUCCGGACGGGAAUGGUAUCUGUUGCUGCAAACCUGGUGAAACCACAACAACACCUCGUGAUUCGCACACCUUGCACUCACCAUAUCAUCCAGCUGGAGCACAAACACCACUUAAAAGCAACUCAUUAUUUAUUAACAUAAUAAUACUGCUAGUUUUCGACCACAUUUUAUGA